AUGUACGGAUUACUCAUGUAAAUCGUCCGAAUGCUAGUGUUCUUAUUUUGUAGUGAGUAAUUAGCCCAUGACUGCCAAAAGAGCCGGCAUUACGCUGGUGUUCUGUCAGUCCGUCAGGCGCCGGUUUUAAACCCUCUUUAGCCAUCGUCAAGCUGAUGCAAACGGAACUUACCUUGUGCAUUUGAAAUGCUGAUAAGUUACGCGGGACAGCGCUGGACGGUCAUUCUUCAUCACAAAAUUGGGUGUAAAUUGGUUUAUGGGUAAUUGCCGACCGGUUAGGUUCGAAAAUCUCCAACACAAACUCAUGGAGAGCGUCCUCCGUGAUCAGCUUUUUCGCGUCUCAUAACAUAAAUAGUAGUUGACAUGGAUUCUUCAAAGGCAGACCACAUAGUACUAAUGUCCUGACUACAAGGAGAAUCAUUAGCAGGAUUCUUAGUAAUGAAAAUGCCACAGGAUCCGCCUUCCGCGAUCCCAGUGAGACCCCCAAGUGACUUAGAGUUUAUUCCAGACACUACGUCUCCUGGAGUGUCAGUUUGCAGUGGUGUUCCUGAGAGCUCUCUUCCAAGGCCCUACCAUUUCUGCCGUACACAACGACAUGAUAGAACUGGUCGAUAGUAGCUGCAUCUUUUUUGCUCCUGACAUUCAUAUCCCAGGCCUGAUGACUUAUGACCACUCAUUCUGGCUUAGUUAAUGUUAUUCGUUGGAUUUACUGAUGAGAUUUUGCCGAGUGCACAAAAUCCUACUUUUUACUUGCUGACGACCUCUGCAUUGAGCUAGUUCCUUCAACUGUCUGCUUCCGGCCAGGAACUUUCCAUGUUCCUAAACUUAAUGCCUUCGAGGCAGUCUGGGGAUUGCUGCAAAGCUUUGUAGGUACAUGUGGGGCUUAUCCUCUUUCGGGGGCGGUCCCAGAUUGCGAGCAGAUCUGCAGAUCAAACUUCCUUACUCUUUACAUUACUUUUUGUGCUUCGGAAUCGUGUCAAAUGCUGUUCACCGCCGUCGUCCCCGUACCUCGUCCGUGGCAUAAAAGUUCUUGAACAAUGUCAUUGGCAAGCAACGCAUUUUGGUCAAAUUACUGCGUCACCUGACGUCAGUGCAACACGUUCAAGGAUUCAGUUUCUCUACCAUCUGGCACGGACAUCUCCGUACCGCUCUCAUAAAUACAUAAAAGAUAACUCAUCGGGUCGACAGUGUUAUUUCACAUCUCUUCCAGUUAAACCACAUCCACAACCUGUUGAAGACGUGCUAGGCGGGCCUAAGUUACGUAGGCUCGUGAACCCGGGAACUCCGUCAUAGGCCUCCGCGUUUCUUGCUCUUAAAGAAGCGACCACCCAGCCUCGGUCGAGUCACCGUUCAGAGUGUUGUGACUUUUUUCCAUCCGUUAUGAGUAUGUACUCCGUACGGUGGGUGCCUAUUGUUCACGUUUGUCUCACCUAUCAAAAAAUCGAGGACUCUGGAUUGUUCCUUUUUUCACUUAUUGCCCCUCUUUAUAUGCAGUCAAAUAAUCAUUUGCGCUUGUUGUACGCUCUUUUAAUUGUUUGACGCCUUUGCAUUUGUUUUACCUACGUCCCAUUCAUUUCAUUUCUCGUUCCUUCCUUUGUAGUCUUACCUGCUCUGUGGCCUUCUGCCUGCUUCAGUGUACUUUUUAUUGGUCUCAUAUGAUUCUGUCUGAUUUUGUCCGACAUGUACUGCUGUAAUCGUAUACGGAUACUUUCCGAAGAUUCUAAAAACUCGGUGAGCAUCAUCGAUUUGGGAGAUGAUGUCCUUGCCCUGCCCAUUCUACAGCAGCCUCGUCCCACAUAUUUCUUCCCAGUGAUGCCUCCUGGUCAGGGACACAGCUGAAAAUAGGCUAUAAUCUUCCCUGCGUUUAUGGAUAAACCGAUUAGUCUAGCAACUUUAUUCACUCGCGCUGGUGCAGUCUGUAGGUCAUAAGAACCCGGAUCUAGCAGGGCGAUAUUGUCAGCGUAGUCAAGAUCAGUCAGACGAUGCCGGGCUCUAAAUUAAUAACCAAAUCAAAACCGUUAGGACCCCUCUGUGGAUUCAGUCAGUCGUGUAAUCGAGCAGAACGAGUGGCAGGAUACAACCUUGUUGAACGCCAGAUUGAAUAUCAAACGGCUUGGAGUAAUAGUUAUGCAAGAGAACUCGCGCAGUGGUGGGGCGAUAGUUGGCCCUGGUCGUGACGGUAUUUUUUGCCGGCACUUUCCAGUGCAUUAUCCGCCAAAGGCACUCACGUUGAACGCAAUCGAAUGCUGUGGUGCAGCAAAAGAUCCAACUUUCCCGUUUUUAUUCAGUUUGAGAAAGCACUUAAUAAUUUGCGUAAUUACAAUGAUUUCUCUUUUGGUAGUCAACAUGCGGCCUAGCCAUCUUAAGUUCCCAUUAUCAGUUAUCGUCGUCAGACUACGGUGGCGUCUGGCGAAGCAACCGAAAGACCGUUUUUUGUAUUUGUACUCAAAAAGCCAUUUUGGCAUAUAAGCAAGAUGGCGCUAGUUCAGCUGAACAUCGACACUGACAGAUGUUUUCUGUCCUUACCAGUGAUUCUCCCAUUAGUCUACGAAGAAUGCUUUAUUCGUCAAUUGUUACGAGCAACUAUUUGUUAAAUUACACCGUUUUUCUACCAACAUAUAUACAGAAAUGGGCCAUCUAACACUGUCUGCACCCUUUUAAGUUCCGUUUUUUCGGAACCCAUUUUCGUUUUGCUAUCAGUUAUACCUUCAGGGGUCAUGCAAGUCUGCUCUUUCCGUUCGUUUCGGUUACUAGAAAUUUGUAUAUGGAGAACAAUGCAAAUAUCCUUCGGAUAUUGGUGACGAGUGACAAUCAUGUCGGCUAUUUAGAAAAGGAUGGGAUUCGUGGCCGAGAUUCGUUUACUACCUUUGAGGAAAUUCUUUACCUGGCCCAGCAACAUGACGUUGACUUCAUUCUCGCUGGUGGCGACCUUUUCCACGAGAACCGACCGUCUAUUCACUGUAUGAACGAGGUGCUCCGUCUAAUACGUAAAUAUUGCCUCGGUGACCGGGCUGUUCGAUUUGAAAUUGUCAGCGACACGGCGAAGAACUUCGCUAACGUUUCCUUUCCUUCCGCGAACUACACUGAUCCUAAUCUCAAUGUUGGUGUUCCCAUAUUUUCCAUACAUGGAAACCAUGACGACCCUGCAGGACCCGGAAAUGUUUGUGCUCCAGAUCUCCUUCACAGUUGUGGUUUUCUGAAUCUAUUUGGAAAGUCAAGCUCGAUAGAAACUCUGGAAGUUUCACCUCUUCUCCUUCGUAAAGGUUCGACCAAGUUAGCCAUCUACGGCAUUGGUGCUGUCAGGGAAGAGAGACUUCAUAGGUUGUUUUUAAACGACAAUGUUACUUUCUGGAGACCAGAAGAUGAUGCUGAGGAUUGGUUCUCCCUAGCAGUUGUUCAUCAAAAUCGAGUCAGACACGGCCCCACGGGCUACCUUCCUGAGAACUUCCUUCCAAGUUUCCUCGAUCUGGUGGUUUGGGGCCACGAGCAUGAUUGUCGCAUUGAACCGGAGUGGAACUCGUCCAAAAACUUUUAUGUGACCCAGCCAGGAAGCUCAGUAGCGACUUCACUCAUUGAAGGCGAGGCUCUGCCAAAAGCUGUCGGCCUUCUAGAGAUCCAUGGACGUGAAUUUAAGGUGAGGCAGGUUUUUGUUCUAUUUCUGCCUUGCUAACGGCUUCUUUUGUGAUGUCAUGCUUGUCAGAAUGUACUUUUCAGACCUCUACCUAGUAUAUAUUUUCGCAUUUACGCAGUUAUAAAUCUUCCGCUGUAUGCGAGUCGUUAUUGUGCAGACUCUGGUUUACUAACUACUUUCGUAUACUGAAUUGCACGAGUUAUCGUGAGAUACCUAUAAGGUUAUUGUGAUUGGUCAUUCUUCUCGAUUUUUUCGUCGUGCAAACUUGUCACAUACAUCGGCACUUUACUCGUUGCAUGAUGAGCGCAGGUGCGCCUGCAUUAAAUGAGGUUCCUCCCUUCCCUUUCCGCCGUUGAUGCUUCCUGCGCUUUUGUGAGUCCUUAUGACGAGUGUGUUAGUAGCACCUUCGUGCCCAGCCCAUUUGGUUGAGAUAAUAACCCACCUCUACGUAUACCUGAAGUAGAUUGAUGUGCGGACGGAUGAGUCUUGCAGUCAUUAUCGGCGGUGCAAGUAAGUAUCCACAGUUCUACUCUGCUUGCCGCCGAGACGAUUCAUUUGUGCGUUUCUAACUCUGUCUCACCUGGUCAAAAGUAUACCGUCUAAAUAUUCCACAAUAUUUAUAUCCAUAAUAACAAUAACGCGUAUACGAUAAAUGUCCAUAGGAAAUAAGGUGAUUAAAUAUAUAUGUAACAAGCCUUACUGCUCCUCAAAGGUAUGACGCGUCUUGUUUGCCGCCAGUUUCUAAUGAACUGGUUAUUCUUUGGGCUCGCGUUGCUGUCUGAUUAGGGCAUCGCCAUUCGCAUGAAUUCAGUAUCAGCAUGCACGAUUUUUAGGCUUCCGUUGGAAUUUUGUUCAUUUUCCAGUAGACACCGAAAGAAAAAUAAGUGGGCACUCCCACGUUAAGGCGCAUGUUGCGGCGAUUAGGUCCUUGAAUAAUGCAUGGUAAUGGUGUGAUUUUUGAACGUUAUGCGACCAUGUUCUCGCCUAGGAUAAAUUUUCCAAUAAACGUCUGAGCAGACUUGCUGAUUUCAGUACCAGAUAUCGCUAACUCUUUAUCUUUAGCCCAGCAGUGCGUAAUUUUGAAUCAACCGACGCAAACGAAAGGGCGAGUUCCAGGAAGCAGUUGAGAAGGUGUGAUCGCUGAAGUAACAUCCUUGUGUUACUUUCAUGCAUAAACUUACAAAUUUUUCAAAAGACCGGUUUUCUGGAAUUAUCAAAGUUCUACGAUUUUCCUAUUUUAAAGGACGAAAGAACUGCUUUUUCAAUAGCAUGCCGAUGUCAUCCUUUAACUCAGAUAUGUUUUUCUCCGAACUCAUAUCGCUGAAUGCUGCAACCACUCGGGGUCCGCUUGUCAAUGUACCCUCAAACUUGCCUGUGCGGUUUUGGUUUUACUGCAAAUUUUCUUACACCUGGGAAAAUUCAUCUGAAAUACCCGAGGAAAUAUAGCGUAAACCAUUCACAAUACGACUUAUCACUUUGGCACUCAUUGAUGAACCAAACCCCUCGUAGCAAAUCGGCAAUGUGUGUUGACUUUUGUCUUGGAUGAUUAAGGAAGCCUGGUUCGUGAGUCGAUACUGUUGAUCUUUCAACCUGGCGGGUGCGCACGUUAUGCCGGUAUUCCACAGACGUCGAAAGGUUCAACGUGGGAGUUGUCACAAAAGUUGAGUCCAAACAUUGACAGUUGUCCUUUGUCUGAAAUGCUAGAAUCACAAUAUUUCUGAACGGGCUAUCAGACUGCUAGAUUUUCCUUUUUUGGGUAAACGUAAAUGCUGCUUGUCACAGGGGCUUUAGACCAUUAACAUUUUAUUUAAGGCUUACAGGAUACCAUUCCAGCAGCGAGCACCUGUGCUGAUAGAAUGGGAUCGUGUAACCCUAAAAUAUACUACUAACUGCCUGUCGGCAUUUAAUGAAUAUUACAUGGUCAUCCCGCUGUGGCUGAUGGGCCUCGGCCCAAAUAUUCAUACAUAAAAUUUCGGUCUGCGCUUAUAGACCUUAGAAUUAUGCUGGUUCAAUCCAAGUUCGCAGUUGAUUUCGAGGGAAUUAAAAAGCAGCGAAUUAAAAUCUUGUCUUUAUUCAGACAUAUUUUGUUACUUAAGCUAGUAGAAGUGGCCAGAUUUUAUCAUUUAGCAGUGCCGACUUAGUGCGUUGUUUGCAAAACUUAUUGAAAAACAAAUCAUCGCUUAAAUGAAUUUUUUUACUCACUCCCGGGUCAUUCUUCCUACUGAUAAGUUAUGCAUCCGGGCUAGACGAUUCAUUCAGAAGUGUUGAUGUGGGCACGCGUGGGCGUACCUUUUCAGGCCUGGUAUAGAUGUUACUACCCCCGGGACGCCUUUAUUUUCGGAAGUUUCGUGGACUACGAUUCCUCCAUAGGGACCUUAUUGUGCUUGUGGACAACAUGCCAAACAAGCCUGUCUAUUCCCCAAGAGCUGAUGCGGUUUCAAGAGUGACCUUGUUACGAGCUUUACACACUAUACGUAGUCUUACUCCUGCAUACCACGGUUGGGAUUAUGCCUGACCUAUCCGGACUCCGCGAUUUCGCCUGUUGAGCUUGAAGGAUCCCCUGAUCCGCUCCAGCCACCCCGGUCAAUGAUUGUAAUCAACAGCUGACGACGAGAGUGUCAUUCAACCAGUUGUUGUAACUGCGUAUAAGAAGUUUCGUUUUCGCGCACAUCGGCAUUUGAUGUUGGUGCGCGGAUGGCGACAACGGAGAUGCCAGUCGCAUGUAUGCUGGCCACUCAUAGACUUGUUCUCAUGCAAGCAAUGCGCGGCUGGCCUAUUGCGAGCGGAUGGUUGUCAGAGAUUUACAGACCGCUGUUGUAGAAGAGUUGGCCCCAGAAUCCGAACUUCUCAAAAGCCUAGGUCUGACAUUCCGACUUCAGGCUGGCAGCAAACAUUCUCGCUGUAAUAAAGAAUACUGCCUGCCAUCCAACAUUGGGCAGAAACAUUGAAGCCAUCCUCGCCUUCUACCAUCCACUUCUGACCCUCCGUCCCUUGUUAAGUGGCCAAUCCCGCGCUCUGUUCGUCCACACAAUUGGACUAGAGUUGUAGGGCGUGUCGGUUCCGAGAGAUGUUGUAUAUGAAAGCAUAAGUUUUCUUGAAAUUGGUAAUUUAAAGUACAGGCAGGCCCACAACAGCCACCAAUAGGUGAGUUCUUCAAAGUUGCCAUUUCUAGCGGUUUUAUUAAAAAAUCUGGCCGCAAGGCGGCGAUGGCAGGCAGUCCCAGUUAUAUCUAUGCAUGGUCGCCAUGUCGCUGCCGUUAUUAGCCGUUGUAGUGUUUUCUAAGGCAGUCAGCCUUCCAGACCCCAGCCCUCUACGUCGUAUUAGCGCUGUCAUAGCUAUUCCUAGUCUGCUUAUUCGUUCCACCGGAGAGUCCGUUUGUUUUGCAGCUAGACUUCGAUGAGGGUCGUCUUACUAUGCGCCACUUUUUAAAGAGCUGGACAAAUAGCACUUAGGCUAGUCAGUAAAGUUGUCUUUCUGGGGUAAGCCUGGUUGUAACAUCCUUAUUCGGAGCUACAGCUUUUUUAUUGUGUCAGCACUUUCCAAGUUUCUGUUUGUCUGCGUUGUUAUUAGGUCAUACCCUCUCUCGACCGAAGUCCCCUGCUUGGUCUGUAGUGAGACAUUGUCAAAAGAGCUGGGUGUGUCGAGAUGCGAUGGGUUGACAACACAGAAGGCUCCUAAUCACGAGUCGGGGAAGACUGGGCUACUGGACAACUAUUAGUGAUGCGAAAGAACGUACAGGCACCUCAGCAAAUAGUUGCCAAAAACCGUCUCCGGCGUGUGUGUGGGAGCGGACUGCCGCGGGGAGUCGAAUAUAGCUGUUGGACUCUUGCUCUAAAUUUGCCGUUUUUCGCCGAUCAUCGGUAGAAGACAAUUUCCGUCAUCCCAUGUGCAUCCUCUUUGAACAACCGGUUUCGCAAGGUUGACAACUAACUACUACUUUAGACAGAUUCUGUGAAUUAAAGGCUUGCCAAAUUGGCUACGGAGACCGUCGUAACAGAAUGGUCAAACAAACUCAUGAUUAUCUGCGGUCAUGCGCCAAGCAUACCUCUGCCUUUCGAGAUUUGCAUUCAUAAUGUAGGCCCCCACGCACCUUUUCUGCUUUUUUUCACUUCGUCUGGGUCUUAUCAGUAUGUACCUUGAUUCCACGCGAGUUGGAUGAAUAGCUUACUGCUGGACCACGCAUCGCAUCUACCUAACUUAUGUGUCCUAUCCUUCUUCCCCUCCUCCGCUGUUCUAGUUGACUCGGUUGCCCCUACAAACCGUACGACCCUUCUUCUUCUAUGACCUGGUGCUAGAGGAGGAACUUGCUGAUGCGGACGUGAAUUCUCUAAACUUGGCCCAGCGUGUCGAGGAGGUGUGUACUGAUCGUAUCAGUCAGGCCAUUUCGAAGGCAGCCGCGGCGACGGCCGCUGCCAUCAGUCAGGAGAAGCAACGUCUGAAGGCAGAGGAGGGAGAGACACAGUCUCGACCUCGCUUCCUGCCCCCCGCUGAACCUAUUUGCCGUCUUCGUGUGGACACAAGCGGCGGAUUUGAAAGUUUUAGCACCUUACGAUUUGGCCAGAAGUUUGUGGGUCGAGUCGCUAAUCCUAAAGUGCGUGUCAUUUACCACUACUUUAUAUGUACUUUAGUUUACAUCCAACCCUCCCCAUUCAUCCAUUUUUUACUCAAAAUGCCGUUUUGUGUAAGUAAGCUUGACUGAUUUAACAUCCGAUUCCUCCAAGCCAUUUUCGGGGAAGCUGAUUAUCAGUACGGGUGCGGACGGCGAGUUCCAGUGAGCAAUUGAGGCGAAAGUUGCGAUUGCUGGAACAGGAACUUUAUUCGCCUGACGUUUCGGAUUCUCACUCAAACCCGUCAUCAGAGACAGCCACUGAUAAGAUUACUGGGCCCGCUGGGUGUGCGGUAUCCAUAGCAUGCAAUUACCAUGCGGCCACAUGUCUACUAUAAUUGCUGUGGGCUCCAGAAGCACCAUUGAAGGCACUGUUACAUUACAAAAAAGUUUUGCACUGAAUACACAACUUACCGCCAGGUAGGCGAAUGCGAACACUACGCAGCUAUUUCGCAGUGUUUGAUAACGGUCAACUCAAAUGCGUAAAUAAAUAGUGGACCAGGCCCGAGCAUUAAUGUGCCGAGGAUUUAACCCCAUAUUGGUUCAUUGACUUCUGACGAUAUUUUGACCCCCUAAGAGGCUCUUGUCGCAUUAACCGAUCGUUUGUGUGUGAAACGCCUCACCACCACCUGUGUCUUGCCUCUUAUUUGCUACUCACACAAUAGUCUGACCGUCUUGUCGUACUCCACUGGGCCAGACAACUUCUUGAUGACCGGAGAUAAACCUGCAUGCGGUGGCUGAUUAGAUUAAAGUCACACUUACGCGUUCCAGGCACGUGUUGUUCCAGAACGCCAUAGCAACCAGUCUUCAACGAGAGGGUCUCGAGCCUCAUUUAGGAGUGAGUGCAUGUGAGAGGGCCAUAAAGGUUGCAUUGGCCGCCAGCCCUGAGUAGCAACCAGUUAUUUUGUCAGUAGGUAAUCUUCCGAACCAUGACUGCUAACCAUUUGCAAUGGUUUCAAGGCACAUUUGGUUCGUCAGAGUGAGAAAACUAAACUCUGGGUCGACUUCGUUCUUCCCUUACUCUUGUGUGCCACCGGUCUGUCGGAUCCAGGCUGACUGAAAAAUGGCUGAUGUUGUGUGAAGCCGCUGUCUAACUUAUGCCUCACACUUAUCUUAACCUUACAGGAUUGAAGGGUGCCAUAAUGACCGUGUUAAGAAGAAACCGCUGCAGUCGGACCUUCGUUUCAGGGAAGGCCUGAGCCAGCUCAUUGUGCUACUUUCAAGCGGGUCAGGUUUAUUAUACUGUGGGUCGUUCUGAGCAGCCGUGAGGAAGGACACCUAGUAAUCGGCCUCCUUCUCUCUCCCAUCUCAUGGGCAAAUCAUGCGAUUGGUAGCUGUUGGGUGCACGCAUGUACGCCGGUGGCCAAGGACUCACGUCGACUCAGCACAACCCGACCAAGGCUAUACGCCAUGUAUCAAUGCGAUCUCCGUUUUGGUUUAUCACAACAGAGGCGCGACACCCCUUCAAGAGACCUUACUCGAGCACCAACGGCGUGGACGGCGUCGAAUCGAGUUCUUCAUGUGCACACCCAUUCCAUACUCUUUUCCGGAAAUCUAACACCGGCCGUCCAAAAGCUUGCAUUGACAGGUCAGCUGUCCCUAACAGCAUGUGUUAUACGAAGAAGAAUUGGUUAUCGUAAGACCAGAGGCAGUUACCGCAUGAUUGCAUGCCAUUUUUACUCCGGCUUAAUUGAUUAUGCGACCUCUCAAUAGAACAGCACAGAUUUAGCGGUCUGCGUGAGCUGCACACUUGCACAGAACGACCUUUAAAAUAAUCUGACUUACCUAUUUAAAUGUCGUAUGAAGAAUUCUCUUAGCGACAAUCAAUCUAUAGCGAAGGCCGGAAAUUUGAAGGGUUCGAAGGGAAAGUGAAACAGUUAAAAAGUGUGCAUCAAUUAUAUGCAUUUGGUCGUAAACGCCCCUCCACCCAGUUUUAAGAUCGACUCCAAAUAUGGAGUUGUUGACUAGUUUGGUGGAAUUGGAGACGAGAUCCAGCGUCUGGGGGACAUGGGCCGCCAAAUUAGGAUGAAUCUUUUUCUUAGGCCCUUACCGGAUGCCAAACGGGCGUACGGCGUACACUAACAGCUACAGUCGAUUUCAUUGCCUGUCGGCUUCAGUGGGGUUUUCUACUGAUGUAUAAUAUGCGAGGAAAGAGGAAGUGGGACUGAUCCGGAAUUGGUAUGGCUCUGAUCAUGCCUGAUCCAGCCGACCUCUAUAACGUUGCAGACUGACUCCAAUGCGACGUUCCCUACACCAAUCCAGAGAUCCAUUCCUCCGCCAUAACAACUCUGUCGCGCUUUUAAACUACCAAAAAGGGCUAAAAGUGGUGGUUCGGAUGUAAUAACACGGUCCUGUUGGCUGAGGUCCAGACUACAGUGGAUGCUUAAUGUAACUUCUAUGACAAUUGCAGUGAGAGAUUGAAACGCCCUUCUUGAAGUUUGACUGACGUGCACAUAGGCAAACCCAUGCGUACUCCAUACGCAGACGCUAAAUUAGCUUCAUCAAUCCCAUGCUCCAGACUUGUCAUUAGAGCGUGGCGGAUGUAGGACAGGGGAGUGAGGCAAAUGCUGCGGACUGUUUGCGCGCGUCACCUCUGCCCCAUCCGGUCACAGGUGCCCCAGGAUCUUCGCUGCGCAGGCCCUCAACUUUCUGAAAUCACCAGCUAAACCACUAAUUCGACAUUUUCACGGCCGAUACUCUAAAACAUGCGAUUUAUGACCUCAACCAAGGCUCAUUUAUCUUGAUCACACAGUCCCCUUAUGAAUCGUGUCCAAAGCAUAACCGCAGAGCCAAAUCUAACCUUUUCUAUGUUUCGAGUUGAUCAUUGGGGCGCGUAUUUGACGCUGUCUCCCAGUCCAGCCACAUGAAAAAACGCCUGUGGUGCCUUCCGAAGCCGAAAAUUACUGAUAUCAGACAAUCUUCAUGACGGAACGUUGGCUGGACACUUAUCACCUGGCCUACACACCCGAUCCACUGCAAAGCAGGGGCGUCUGCUAAGGAAGUUACCACUAUCAGUGUCACCAGUUUACGAGUCGGAGAGCGGGAGGGAACCUUUUUUACCAGAUUAAGCCGGCCUAACUUUUACUUAGGACGUUCAGCUAUGCGUUUAUUCAGGUGUCCGUAGUUGCAUGCGGACGAGUUCCCCACUGUGGUUUUGCCACAUAGGAGGUUGAUAAUGCAAAUGAUGAAACCCAGGGGACCAACGACGCCGUUAGGGAGAGCCUUAUCGAAAACACCAGCCUAUACAACUGGAAUAAAAAUUAUUUAUCCGAAAUAGACGAAAGAUGGUAAUUUGGAGGGCUCCAGCAAGACUAGUUGCUGGUCAAUAUGGAAAGUUGUGAAAAAGUGGGCGUCAGUCGCUAUCCGUGAAACAGGCCAUUAAGGUGUCUGCACACAGUUCGAGCAAAGUUGUGCUGGUGAGGUCGGUCGCACGUUUUAUGUGAAAUACGGUUGUGCCACAUCCAGGGUAACUUCUCCCGCACGUCUUUCCGACACUGCACUUAUCUGUUUUUCGUAAGAAAUGUUCACGGCGUUUAGUUCGCAGUCGUUCUGGCGGAUGGCAAGUAUUGCCAAACCGCAUGCUUUACGAGUCGGGGUCGUCUUAAAUACGCUGGAGGUCACCGUUUAUUGGAAAAGUGUAUCUUCUGAUCUAUGGGCAAGCGCAGUGACUUGAACUCGUUAUAGAUCUGAAAAGUUCAUUUGGCUGGAUGGAGCCCUCGAUAAAAGCUUGUCAUUACUUUUUGAGGACCUCUUGAUUGACUGUUUGUCAUACUUGUUUGCCUCUCACCCGAUGAGUUUUUUUGGUGUUUUUGAGUUCCUGUUUAAGCUUUAUGAUCUCCACAUUGCCGACUUUACUCGCCUGCCAGGGCACAACUUUAGAGUAGCAGUAACCUGAUCCCAUUGGAAAAGCAUAAAUGUUCGGAAGCAGAUAUUUUUAACUUCAAGACAUGUGUACUAGACCGUUGUACCCUGAAGACUCCUAUUCUAUUUCUACCCGAAUCCGCCUAUUAGCAACAUAUUUGUCCAGUCAACCGAUGGUGGUAGUUUUAUAACAGUAGCCUUAUAGCCUGCACAUUUUGCAUUUUCAUCUUAGACUUUCCUCUGUAGCUUAUUUUACUAGUUAGUUUGUUUAACAUGCUCCUUGGUGUUGCGUAACAACAGGCUCAGUUCCAGAGUGAAAUCCUUGUGUCCAUGGGCCCCUUCCCAGGCUCUCGGUGUUGUUGAUAAUAGGGUUGGGCACGGGCAUAAGUACCCCCUUCUGGUGUUCUUUCGCUAAAUUACAGAGGUAUACCUAUUCCCAUGUUCUGCCUCCUCCUGAAGUUUAGUGUAAGGACAGCUGUAAUACGGGGAGUACUUAUUACCCUACCCAUUCAAUAGUGGUUUUCAAAUAAGGCAGUUGCCCAUUUGCUUUUUCAUCAUUCGUUCGCAUUUUGAUUCGCCCCAGUAAAUGGAUAGCUUGCAUUGUUUUUGGUGUAAAGCUAGGAUCUCAUCAAAUUCAACCGAAAUCGCGAACGCGCAGCCAACCGCUCUGGUCCAGCAAAGGAGAGCGAAUGUGCUGUGGGAUCAGCAGCAGAAGCAGAAGCCAGAGGCGUCGGACUGUCGGUGGACGAUGUGGAGACCCUUGUUUGUCGCAUCCUGGCCUCCAACAAGAACGCGAAUUUGCGCAUGUUCACGGAUGCUGAACUGAGCAGGGGUUUACGCCACUUUGUCGACCAGACUGACGGUGGCGGAAUCAAGUCCAUGGUAGAUGCCGUGGUCGCUAAUACCCAGGGCCAUUUGUGCGUACAUCAGUGUACUGAGGAUCGAGUCGCAUCUGAGAUCUCCCACUAUAUGCUUACUCGAAAGCGCGAGGCUUCUAUUAAUGGAGGUGCGAGUACAUCUUCUCUGUUGUGAUCCGUGCGUACGUUCCGAGCAUGUGCUCAUGAACACACUUGACUGCCCUUACUCUCAUUUUGUAUCCAUUCAUGCAAAUACUGAACAGCAGCGAGACCGUAUUACUACCAGCCAGAGCCAAUUUUUGUCCGACCACCUUGUUUGUGGAUCUAAGAAAUAUGUGCGUCUCGACAUAUCCAAAUUAAACAAAAUUCUUAGUUCAUUAGGAAUGCAAUUGGGUUGCCUAAAACGGAGCAAUUCAGAAUGUAAAUGACGACGUCUACCAUUUGUCGUGGAGAGGAAAGCAUAUAUCUUAGAUCUGUUUUCCCGACUUUGGCAGCGCUUUCACAUGUGAUGGCACUUCUUAUGCGUAAAUUGGCCAGGUGUGCCUAAGUUACCCACUUUCGGAUUACUGCCUUUGGUUUCUGUCGAUCUACCGCAGGCGUUUAGCUACUCGGCGCGCCAGUCACACAGCCUGUUGAAGGGGAGGCGCACUGGAGGUUCGCCCACCUCUGUCUUCAAGUGACCAAUCGAGCAUCCGUUGCCGGUUACAGCCAGGUUCGGUGUAGACAACCUGCCGGAAGGAUAGCUUUAACGUUCGCCCAACACGUAACCGACCUGUCUUGGUCGUUAAACAAAGAGAUUACAGCUGAUUAACCCAUUUCCUGGUCGAGUUAGUAGGCGUUCCUUAUAAACGACGGGACACCCUCAGGCAGAUUCUGCCUUUGCCCUUUUUCUAUGGUAAGGCUGGGCCAAAUCCAUGCUCAGAGGAUUUGACCUGAGCAACGGUCUCGUUCCUGUUUUCCACUGUCCCUUGACGUCCGGGCUAUAAACCAACGUUGCGUCCUUGGGUAGGAAUUGGUUGAGAGGGGUAUUCAAGCCAUUAAAUCCAACAAUGGAAGGCACGAAUGGCAUAAAAUAGGUAAGCACAGGGAGCAUCAACUCAGAAAGUGGCACAAAGCCCGGUUCGAUAUUUUUUCGCAACAGGUUUUGCCAAUGGACAAGAAGCCUAACUGUCUGGGACGUUAAUCAGACAGUAGAGUUCUUCCAGCGAUCCCCUUUUCCUUCUGCCAUCAAUAGUAGCUGGCUAGACGCCUGUUAAUUUGUUGUCCCGCUGCAGUCAGAAUUUCCAAGCCACGUCGGCAUUCCAGAUGUCCGGAGAUCAUUCAUCUCCGUUCACCGCACAUUUCACAUAGAGAAUCCUUUUUUACAUUCAUUCUUAUCCAUGUUGAUUUUGAGGCCGAGGUUGGCGAAUUUCUAACGGACCUUAUCCACAACUCCUAUCAUGUCUCUGACCACCUUAUCCACGACCUGUUAGAAAUUGGUGGGCGUUGUUUUAAUGCCACAGUCUGGCCAACAUAUUUCGGACCUUAAUAGUCAGCGGUUUUUACGAUUCCUCGGCGUAAUCGGUCUAAAUAUAUGCCUAAAAUUUAUGAAUACUUUUUAAAAAAUGUUCGCUUUUCGACGUAACAAAGAUAGCAUCAACCACUUGUUAAGGGUAGUGGUAGUCACUCAAGGCCUCAUUUAAUCGAGCACAGUAGUCUAUGCGCUGAAUCAGUUCUCCAUCCGUUGCUUGCAUGCAUCGCGUGCUUAUUAACGUAGAGCUAACCACGCAUUCUCCUUUGGUAAUCACUUUGUCUGAUCAAAUUCAUAAUAAAAUGCAGACCUGGGUUUCUAUUCCGACUCUGCAAAACGCAGCGUUUGUCCUUCAAGCAUUUUGCUAUUUGCUUUUCUUUUUAUGUUCCUUUGUUUCUGCGUUGUAGAGGCAUCCGCAGACGCCCCAUCAGUGACGGCCAGCUCUGCUCCCGACAAGGCAUCUUCCUCAAACAGUGCGGUCGUUGAUUUGGUAAUUCAUAUCGCCGGAAUCAGGCCAUUAUUUUGUUAAAGCCGGGACCAUUUUAUAACUCAUAUCCUAUACACCGACGGUUUCCGCUUUAACGCCAGCUUCAUAGAAAGCAAACAGUUCUCACCUCCCCAACGAUUUUUUUAAUGGUUCGUGACGUUUCAUCUCAGUGUCAUAACGUCUAUGUAGAUUGAUACCGUAAUUGCAUUCUUUCGAUUCAGUAUUGAACUCGCUCCUGUUUUAUUUCAUCUUUAUCGGCUAGGAACACCGCUGUCUUGAAGACGGUAUAGUGACGAUUUUCGUGCGGGUCUGUUUAAACUGAUACUGACCUACAGUAUACUUCCUUCAUACUCCCUUCCACCCACCAUAUCCCAUUGGCAAGAAGACUAGGGAUUAGCGUAGGUGCGGUUGCCUUGUGAGGCUGGGGCCACACCUAUUCUGGUUCUCAAUUCCACGUCAAACGCUCCAGUAAAGGAGCCGCGAGUCUCGCAUAAGCGAUAAUGUUAUGAAGGUCAUGUUGAAGAGCCAUUUUAGCCUGGGCUUCUUUCUGGGAUGCGGUCGACUUGUUUUACAUCGUGCCAGUUCGGAAGCGCGCUUGGUUUUUAUAGCGGGAAAAGUAAGUGUCCCAGUCCUACAAAUUCCUCGUCGGCCAGCGCGCCCACCACUAGCAGCACCACAGUGGCAACCGACUCAACAUUACCCAACCUAUCCUGCCCAUACCGUCACCGCACUUUCACCUCACUCAUCGGCUAGAUGGGCCACUUGCGAAUCUAUCCCACAGAGACUGGCAAACCAGCGCCUGGAGCACCAGCAUAUACCAGACACCAUCGCCCCAAUUGCCCACAUUACCUCGCACAUUCAGCUAGCGCAUGCGCCUGUUCGCUCACCUGUGGUAAAUCACCGCAGACGUGGCCACCUCACCAAACAUUCUCUCAUCAAUACAUGUACCACAUAAGCACCUCCAAAAUCCCACAUCACCGGCACCUCUCAUGCAAGUGGUAAAUGUGCUCUUCGACCCCUUUCUGCAUGCGGCUCCUCUGCUGAAUGUGAGAUCCGAGUGCUCUACCCUCUUGCGUGUGUGCGUGUGGAGGUCGCGUGUGCGUGGCACGCAUAGGGAGCUGUUCACAGCUCUGUCAGCCACCUCUCAAUCUCCGCAUCAGUUGGUUGGCCGUCUCAGACAGUGGACUGACGUAUGGGAGUGGAGAGAGUGAAUGCGGUCGGCGGCCUCAGCGCAUAUUUCUCAAUAUAAGCAAUCUGACGCGCAUGAAUCUAUCACGAUCCGGUAAAAACCGUGCCUUGGAAAGCCACCAACUGAUAGGAUAAGUCGGACCGCACAAUCAGCUCAGUGUGUGUCGAGUGUGUGGAGUGGCCGACUGGUACCUGAGAGUCAGGCUGCAAUGACUCCUUAACAUGGCCCCUAUGGCACUCCCCCUUUUUUUCUUGAUGUAAAAUCCCGGUCAGUGUACGCUGUGCACCAGCGGGUGUGGUGAUACGUCCAGGUGCGGGUUUUCGCUGUGCCAGCCACCUGAGUCUUCUCCCGCAUCCAGUCUUCUUCAAUCUGUCUUGACGCCGGAUCCAGUUUGGGGAGAAGGUUAGGGUGCGGUAGAUGCAGCGCAAGUUCACUAUAACUAUAAAAGGAAUCACACGCAAACCGCCGUUCCUGCUCUAACCCUGUCAUGUAGCCCACGGUGGGUCUCGUCGGUCACGACGGUCGAAAUGUUAGUUGAAAGCACGCCAAAUCAAUCACUGCGCCCAGUCGGCCAAUGAGCCACUUAUUCAUGGAAGAGAAAAGAGUUCGGCAGAUGGGAAAGUGAUUUUUCUCAUGACAAUUCUAUGCCUCCCCCACAAUAAAUUUGAGGCUUCGGAACCCUCGUGGUGGUUUGGGAGGUUGCCAACUUAUGGGUUAACCGGGUUCUGCUAAUGGGCUGGACUCAUUGUCGUCUUCCUACUUUGACCAUCGUGGCACGUUUACAUGCAUGAUAUCCGAGACUCACGUCCUUUUUAAAACCUGCUGUGUAUCUCCUUGGAGAUCAGACCAUGUGUGGCACGCUUAAACGGUUCUGUCUCUCCGCCCACGCCCAUCUGCGGCGACUAUUCCUCUGUUUUGCCGCAUAGACGACUCCAUGCGUCCAAGCAUCGAUACUGACACUAAAGCCUAUUAAGAUUUAUCUUCGUAUUUUCAAUCCGCAUUCCGUCAUUUUAUCAGUAGCAGGGAUUUCAAAUUGUAAGUCCUUUCUUUUUUUCCAGGAAAAGGAAUGGGAUACAAGGAGCACUGUCCUGGUGCGCCGACAGAUGACACCUACUGGCCUGUCUCCUCAUAUUUUCGAUGGCGACAGCAGCGACAAGGAGGGGGAGGGCCGGGAAGGUCACUCUGAUCAGAACCUGAUCAACCAGAUCAAGGAUGUCGAAUACGAUAGCACAGAGGACGGGAGUAUAGCUUCUGAUGCCAGUUCGCUCUCAGGACACACUAGAGCACGCGGUGCUUCGACUCGGGGCUCAAGACGCGGUCGUGAUUGGCAGUCAAAGCAGUUGGACUCCAUUCUGGCUGAUGUACCUGCACACGUUAGCCGUGCGGCCUCUGCCACAAGUGGCGGGCGCGUUCGCCGACCACGCGGAGCUCGUGGUGCUGCCAGUACUCGGAGGCAAGCGCCACGCAGGCGGGGCGGCGCCACACAAUCUAGCCUCAUGCCAGACUCGGAGGACUCCGACGACGGUAGCCUGUCUUUCGACUUCCGCCGUAAGCGGGGCAAACUGAGCUGA